AAAAUCUCCGCGGCUUCAUCCAGCGUCGCUACGCAGCAGAUCAGCAUUGCCAACACGUCAGAAUCACGGACCACUGCCCUGGUGUCUGGACGCCGCCUCAUCCAAAAGUCGCGGCACUACUGGCUCUUUCUAUUGAAUGUGUGCUCGUGCUUCAAUCACAUGAUGGGACUUGCGCGACGCCCAAUAGCGACAUUGUGCAACGGCUUCUUCGACGUAAUGAGCAAAUACCCCGGUAUGGCUACACAGAAUGAUUUGGCUCGAGUCUCGACAGUCCAACCUUUUGCAAAUUGCAUAAUCGAAACAUCCUUGUUGCUUAUCAUCAGCGGUAUCUCAGCAGGCCCCACGAGGCACGCAGGCACGCAGGCCAAGGGCUCUAACGAGCUGGCCUUCGCGCGUUUCACCACGGUGGAUGCACAAGAUCGUCUGAUGCUCCCUCAACCCGCACUCCCAUGCUGCAUCAACCCUUAUGACGUCGCAUAUGCCCUGCUCUAUCCGUACGAGUACCUACAGAUUAUACGGCGUAGUGGGCACUGA